AUGUUUUGUGGCAUACUUGGUGGUCCAUUGGAACAAGAGCUCCAGAGCCCUGGAAACGAGCUCGCUCGCCACACCGGCGGGUGCGGGGCUGGGAGGCUUGCCAGCCGAAUACCCGAUGCACAGCUCCAAGACCUGCACGGCACAGGUGCAUGUGGCAUGUGGUUGGAGAUAAUCUGCGCUGGCGGGGUUGCCAGCUGA